AUGUUCAAAAAAUUCACCAAAGAAGACAUCCAUUCCCGAUCAAAUAUCAAAAGUUCUCAGCAAAGGAACCUCAAAGCCAAAUGGGUCAGACAGUUUCCUGCGUUGGAGUCUGUAAUUGACGAUAUUAUCCCAAAAAAGUCUCAAGUGAUUCUCAUCAAAUGUGAAGAUAAGAUCCAGCUGUAUUGCGUUGACAACAAGGUAGUUGCUUUCCAGCAGUUUGAUGAUCUGAUCCCCUCCUUGGAGAUUGUUCACAAAUAUCCAGACUGCUUUCCGAAAGUUCAAGUUGACAGAGGCGCCAUCAAGUUUGUCCUCUCAGGAGCUAAUAUCAUGUGUCCAGGGCUGACAUCGCCCGGAGCCCAAUUGCCUGAAGAAAACUUGGAAAAAGGUACAAUAGUGACUAUCUACGCUGAGGGAAAAGAACAUGCUCUUGCGGUGGGUGCUUUAGAAAUGAGCACAGACGAUAUCAAGAGCUUAAAUAAGAAUGUUGGUGUCGAGCUGUUUCAUCAUCUGGGGGAUUGUUUGUGGAAUUUUUCUUUUAAUUAG